GGAAAUGUCAAAAUUUUUUGAACACUUGUCUUUUUAAAUUCCGUAAAUGAAUAUUUGAAUGACACGUCAGUGGCCCUUUUUAUUAAUUAUUAAAAAUGGGGCAAAAGUUUCAAUAUGAUGAAAGCGGUGCAACAUUUUUCUACUUUCUAUUAUCCUUUUUGGCCUUAAUUUUAAUUCCCGUAACACUAUUUUACUGGCCAAAAAAGAAAAAAAUAGAUUUGGAGGAAGAAAAAAAGAAAUGUCAGUGUCCUCCUUGUAUAACGAAAAGGGAACAUUUAAAGACUUCAGAACCAUGGAGAAAAACUAAGAAUUUCUUUAUAAAAUUAGGAAUAGUGCUAGGGUGGAUAACUCUGCUCUUCAUAGCUUACAAACUAUCGCAGUUCGACUACGAGAUGGCAAAUUUCGAUCCAUAUGAGAUAUUGGGAAUAUCGCCGGGAGCUCGUCAAGCUGAUAUCAAAAAGGCAUACAGAAAGUUGUCAUUAAUACUGCAUCCCGACAAAGAUACGGGAAAUGAAAAAGAAUUUAUGAAGUUAACUAAAGCUUACCAGGCUUUAACUGACGAGGAAGCUAGAAGAAAUUGGGAGAAAUAUGGAAAUCCUGAUGGACCCGGGGCGAUGAGUUUUGGAAUAGCUCUUCCUUCGUGGAUAGUUGAAAAAGAGAAUAGCAUUUGGGUUCUAGGUCUAUAUGCUUUAGUUUUUAUGGUAGCUCUUCCAAUUGUGGUGGGCAGUUGGUGGUAUAGAAGUAUGAAGUUCACAGGAGAUCAGGUCCUAAUGAACACUACCCAUAUGUAUUAUUUCUUCUUCCACAACACUCCUCAGAUGGCCCUCAAAAGAGUCUUAAUGAUUUUGGCUGCUAGUUAUGAGUUUGACAAGAGACACAAUUCGGAAAUUGAAGAGAGACAAUCAGAUAACGAUGAAGUUCCUAUGCUGUUUAGAAAGCUACAAAAUCUGAAUCAGAAAAAUAAGCAAAAACCUCUGUGUUAUCCCUAUAGUAUCAAAGCAAGAGCGAUUAUUCAUGCUCAUUUAUCUAGGAUACCGUUGAAUCCAGAAACGUUAGAGAAAGAUAGGCGUUACAUUAUAGGAAAAUGUCCCUAUCUAAUUCAAGAACAAGUUAAUUGUGUGAAUCAGCUGAUAUUAUUAGGUUAUGCUCGUAGAGUUGAGCGUUUGAUUACAACAGAAGCCAUCGAGAACUGCAUGAAACUCUGUCCAAUGAUAGUUCAGGGCAUGUGGGAGUUUAAAUCGCCACUACUUCAACUACCUUACAUAACCGAUGACAAUUUAAAAUAUUUUAUGUCCAAGAAAAGACAAAUUAAAACCCUACAGCAAUAUGCUCAAUUAAAAGGCGAGGAAAGAAGAUCUAUUCUUAGGAAUUUGAGUGAUGACGAGUAUGAAAAUGUCAUGAAAGUUCUCGGAGCGAUGCCUUAUAUAGAUUUUCAAAUUACAGUUGAAGUAAUGGACGAUGAAAAUCCGACAGAUGUUACGACUGGUGCUCUCGUUACGGUAAUCGUAACUCUCGUAAGGGAGGAUAUGUCGACGUUGUUUGGCGAUGAAACAAUUAAGGAAGUAGUCGAUAUUGAAGAGAAUGGCGUCGACGAACCCAAAGAAGGUCCCGAACACGAGCCAGCGCGUGUUAAAAAGCCAGCGUGGAUGAAGCAAAAACGAGGUGGUAAAAAGACGAAGAAACCAAACAGGCCUACCCCAAAACCAGUCACCGCCACCGCCACCGCCAACGCUGUCAAGCAGAAGGUGGAGGACUCUCCGAACGUGUCUACGGAGAGGAAGCAAAAACCCAAAGAAGAAAGGAAAGCCAGGGUUGAAGAAGAAGAGUCCGAUCUGUCGGCUGACGAGAGCGACGCCGACACCAACGAAAGAGAUAAUAAGUCGUCUGAAGAUGAAAGCGGCGGGCAAAACAUCGACGCUGAAGACGAUCAGGAAUGGGAAAGAUUCCGCAAACUUCACGAAAGAGAAAAAUCGUUAGAAGGGAAAUCAAAAGUAUCACAUCCAGUCCACUGUCCUUAUUUCCCUCACGAGAAACAAGAAUACUGGUGGGUUUAUAUUGUUGAUAGAAAAUCGAAAACGUUGCUCACAGCUCCUUACUACGUCACUAGUUUAGUUGACAGAGAAUCAGUUCAUCUUAAGUUUACGGCACCGUCUUGGUCGGGACUGUUCACGGUGACAGUGUGCCUUAGGUCGGACUCGUACAUCGGCUUCAACCAGCAGAAGGACCUGAAGCUGGACGUGAAGCAGGCCCCGGCCGAAACCACCGAGCACCCGCAGUGGGACUUCGAGGACGACGAGCAGGAGAAUCUCUUGGAGAAGGCGGACCAGGAGUCCGAGUACACGACGGACGAGGACCUGCCCGAAGACGAAGACUAAGUCACGUUUAGCGUUAGGGAGAGAUUAUUUGUGGGUUGGAGGUUGAACAGGUACUGGAGUAGCGGUGAAAACGGAGAGACGGAAUUGUAAGGAGGGUCAUACAGUUGGCAAUUUUACUUGCUUACAAGAAAAGCACAAAACAUCUCCCUUUAGAACUCCAUUUGUCGUGUUAAGAAAUGAAAGUAAAUGAAGCGCUACCUCGUGAUUGUUCGCAUACUAAAUAUUUCAAUUGUCAUAUUACAUUUAAAUGGAAUAUAUUAUACCGGGUGCUCACCCCUAUAACUUUUUUAUUUUUCAGAUAGAAAAAAAACAAAAUUUGGUAUGCUAGUAUAUGACAUAAAUUAGGAUUUCAAUUUCAAUUUUUCAAUUUCAAAAGUACUUUAUUGUUUAAAAAAUAUACAAAUUUUUGUUAACAAAGCAUAAAUAUUCCUAAAUCUUAACCUAAAAUAAAAAAAAAAUUGUGUAAAUAUAAGAUAGAAAUACAUCCAUUUAAAUAACAAACAGUAUUUAGAAAAAUAGGUGUAAACAAUUAAGUAAAAUAACAUAUACAAUAUACAGAAUAAAGAGAAAAUUAAAAAUAACGCUAAAAAGAACAAGUCAGACUAACAAGCAAUUCUAGACUCUAAACACUAAUAUCAAGGGAGCCCCGGUAGAAUUCGUCAACGCUGUAAAAUGCCCUAUUUAAAAGUUCCCUUUUCAGUAGUCUCUGGAAGGUUUUUAUGCAAUUAACCAAUCUUAAAGCAACCGGCAGAUGAUUAAAGAUCUUUCGGCCCUCAUAUAUUAUAGAUCUUUUGACCAAUGUGCUAUUUGGAAGUGGUAAGGGCAGAUUCAGGGUUUGGCGGGUAACAAUAUUGGGUAUAGGACCCUGUAGUCUGAUACGAUUUGUAAAAAUAAGGAAUGAUGUUUUCAGAAUAAAAAGACAUGGUAGUGUAAGAAUUUUUUGAGCUUUGAAGUGUUGUUUACAGGAUUCGUUAAGUGGUACAUUUACAAUAAAUCGUACGGCCUUUUUUUUUGUAAAAUAAAAAGAAUGUUUAGUAGACCCUGAUUAGCCACACCCUAGAAUGGUAUUCCAUACCGUAGAUGAGACUCAAACAAAC